AUCUGCCCACCAUCAUCACCACCUCGGCCGCAGCAGAACCAGUCAAGCUUUCGACAUGGGCGAGCACUACUCUCCGGCCGCCGCAUACAUCAGACUGGUUCAGCAUCUCAUCGAGACGUGCCUGCUGUGGCACAUGAGCAUGGAGGAAUGCAUGGAGGCGCUGCUGCUGCACGCCGAUGUCAGUCCGGCCAUCACCUCCACCGUGUGGAAGGAGUUGGAGAAGGAGAACCAGGAGUUCUUCAGGGCGUACCGGCGGGUGCCGCCGCAGUACGUCGGUCAGAGCCGGAGGUGAUGCAGAAGUAGCUCCUUUGUUUCCACCCAAUUCUGGCUACGGUCUCAAGUGCAGUCCUGAGAAAUCGAUCUAAGUUUUUGGAUGAGAAGAGAAGCUAAAACCAUUAAGAAUUGAGAUUUAUGGCUUAAUCUCAUGUCAUAUUUAUCGAUCUAAGUUUUUGGAUGAAAUGACAUUUGAUCAAAAAAAAUAGUAAUAUAUAUGCUGAUUAAUUCGAGUU